CAAAUGUCUUGAUAUUAUUCUUAAAUAGAAAUCAUGAACGGUGCUAUUGAGGCAUUGUAUAUCUAUGAUGAGCACAAUCGACCUCUCCUCCAAAACACUUACACUUCGCGCCCCCUCUCCUCCACACAACUUCUUCCUCUCUACCUCGCUCAUCCAGCUCCAAGACCAAGUCUAAUAUAUCUCCCAAACACAUCUCCGCCCACUCUACUCUUUAAUCUCAUUCACUCAAAUCUAUUAUUUUGUCUCACAUCUUCCUCGGAAAUCGAACCUCUCCUCGCCCUCGAAUUCUUACACCGUGUUAUCGAUGUGUUAGAGGAAUUUGUGGGUGCGCCGCUAUUGGCGCAAAAGAUAGAGAGUAGCUAUGAUGUAGUGGCUCAGUUACUAAAUGAGAUGUGCGAUGCGGGCACGGUGAGCUCGACGGAACCUAAUGCGUUGAGGGAUAUGGUGGAGGUGGAGGGGUGGAUUGGGAAGUUCUUGGGGGGUAUUAAUAUUCCUGGGAAACCUGGCUUUGCAACUCCCUCUAGUUCAGGCAUGUCUGGAUUGUCGUCUACGGGAUCACUCGCAGCGAAUACACCAGCUUUACCAUGGAGAAGAGCAAAUGUACGACAUACUUCGAAUGAAUUAUAUGUGGAUCUGGUUGAAACACUUACUGUUACUCUUGCGCCGUCUGGUCGUCCAUUGGCUGCGUUUGCCAAUGGAACUAUUGCUUUUACGUCAAAAAUCUCUGGAGUACCAGACCUACUCUUGAAUUUAUCCACACCAUCCGGUAGACAAAACGUUAGUAGUGUUAUGGAACUACCAGUAUUCCACCCGUGUGUCAGAUUAGCGAGAUGGAGAGAAAAGCCAGGGGAGUUGAGCUUUGUACCGCCUGAUGGACGAUUUGUUUUAGCUGGAUAUGAAGUUGAUUUACUUCCUUCUACGGGCGGAAAAUCCGGUACUACUAAUGCCUCUCAUCUAAAAUUACCCGUCAAUAUUGAAGUCAAAACUAGUCUUGGUCCUACCGGAUCAGAUUUCGAGGUUCGGUUAUUCAUUGUCAAGGUUUCUGGCCAGGGUAAUUCUUCCAUAUCUUCAGGUUCGAGCUCGAGAAGCAAUAGCAAUGCGGCAGGACAACUAAGCAGGGCUGCAUCACAGUUUAGCGGUGGUCUCGGUGGAAAUUUCGGUGGCAGUACUGGUAACAGCACAUCACCCAUCAUCGAAGAUUUAGUAGUCACAGUGCCACUACCAGCUGAUGUACGGAAUCUUUCGGAGAUCAAAGCAAGUAGAGGCGAUACAACAUAUAACCCAGGUGAAAAGAAUCUGGAAUGGCAUAUACCAGCUAGAGAUGCGGUAGCAGGUGGAGCUACAUUACGAUGUACAGUUGUGGGACCGUUGUCAACCGAGAAAGAAUAUGAUGGAAAUGGUUUUAGACUUGAUGGUGAAUAUGACUACGAUACAGAAACAUAUCAAAGCGCUCCAGAGAAAGCAAAGGUAGAAAAUGCUUCAAACAACGAAGGAAAAGAUGCAAGGAAAGUAGCGCAGAAUAAAAUUCUGAUGCCUAGCUCCGCAGCAGUUAGUUUCUCGGUUAAAGGGUGGCUGGCCAGUGGUAUUAAAGUGGAGAGUUUAACAGUUGACACGAGAAAGAGUAGAGGGAUUGGCGAGGGAGUUAAACCUUACAAGGGGGUUAAGUAUUUGACGGUUAGUAGGGGUGGGAUUGAGGUUAGGUGUUAAGCAUUUUGGUCGCGGGCUAGGUGGAUACAGGCGUCUUGAGGAGUAUGCAUAGGUAUAUUAUAGGCAUGAAGGCAAAGAUACCAUUCAAUUGAAUUGAAUACAACCA